GUGUUUCCACUCCUAAGGAAAACUACAUUCCCAGUGGCAGCGAGCAUUGGUGGCCUACGUUGAAUAACUCCGGGCGUUAAGGGAUUGUAGUUCAAUUGGUCGACGCGGUUACAGAGAAGCCUUCGUGUUUCGGUAAAAAACAGACUACACGUACCAUGAUGCAAAGCGACGUUGUUAUUCUCAUCGUUUUACUCAACGCGAGGAAUUGCAUCGGUGCCUCCGAGGGGUUGUUAAACUCCACGAUAGAUAAAUAAACAACUUUAACUGUGAUGGUUUCGGUUUUGACAACAUGGAGGUGAUCGAGACCAUCGUCAUACAGAGCGCUGCAGUGGAGGGGAAGGAGGCGGUGGUGUCCAGUGUGGAUGGAGAUAAAACUAAAGCAGAAUUUAUUUGGACAAUGCAGGCCACAUGGCACCUCAUCAACACCCGACUGGAAAUGGAUCAGGAUUUUGACCAGCCAGUGUGCAAGAAAAAGAAACUCUGGGAGAUGGUGGCAGAAAAGGUGAAUGCCAAACUGAGGGAGUCGGAGGUCACGGAUGUCACUGUGAAGGCGUACGAGUGUGAUCUCAAAUGGAGAAACAUGCUGGCAACAUACAGGAAGAACGCAGAGCGUGCCAAGAGGCUCGGGGAGGCCAGGGUCCACUGGGAGUUCUUCAAAGCCAUGCAUGAGGUCCUGGGCAAGAGAAGGGAGGAGGUUGAAGCCCAGCGAAGAGCAAAUCUCAGCGGCUCUAAAGUAGGACGGGUCAUAGCCAGCAAGAAGUUCAUCCCUAUCCUCCCCACACCUCCUGCAACAGCCACUCCCUGCCCUGCCCGUCCGCCACAGGACGUCCUGCAGCUGUACAUGGAGCUGCAGGAGAGGAAGAUGAACAUGUGGGCCCAGCAAAAAGCCUUGGAGGAGAGAAAGAUAGAGGCCAUCAACAACCUGGCCCAGGCCAUCUCCAACCUGGCUCAGCAGAACAGCACACAGCUGACGAAGGACGGACAUUUGGCCUGAAGAAAUGAGACGUGGAACUGAACUUCUUACCAAAAACUUUUAUGAUACUUUUCAGAGAAAACUUUGUAUUAUAUGUUUUUAGAAAUUUAACAUGUUGGCACAUGUGUUCUCUUACAGUUUAUACAGUAGAAAGGCGAGUUUGAAUUUUAUGAAGCUAAACAUAUUUCAAGGAAAAUAGUUUGGGACAGGAGGUCUGGUCAUGCGAGCAUGUGAGGAACCGAAUAUCAGACCAAAGGACCAUGUUAGUUACAGAAAAGUUUUUAUUAGUUAAUAUUAUUAUUAUUACUUAAUUCUGCAUUGACAGAUCACAUUUUAUUUUUAUAUGCAAAUGCAAAUGAGGUGAAACUCCCUAUGAAAAAUCCUUUUAAGGGUUGCUGAUGGAUGGAGCUAAUUCCAGGUGACAUUGGGCAAGAGUCAGAGUUCACCCAGGUCCACAGGUCGCCGUUCAUACUCGCAUUCACAGUUUAUGAGUCUCCAAUCAACCCCUAAUCUGCGUCUCUUUAGACUGUAAGGGGAAGCCAGACAUGGGGUGAACAUGCAAACACCACACAGACAGACAAUGGUCAUGCCAAGAUUCAAACCAAGAAACCUCUUUUUUCUUGAAAAAUUUAUUUCAUAUUUGACCCAUGAUGAUAAGCCACAGUAAUAACUCACAUAUUUGUGGCAUAAAUCAUUUUAGUUCAGAAAUCAAUGAAAAGUAUUCAUAAGCAAACCUUUUCCUGUUAUCUGAUUGUAGAUAGGAGACUA